AUGACCUCACUUGCACGGGGUGGUGACGCCAGCCGCAACAGCGUGUGGAGCACGUGCGGGCAAGUGUACGGUCAGCUUGCGCUGGACUCCGGGCUCCCCGGCUCAGAAGCGCUCGUGGAGGGAGGAGGCGCGCGCCGCCUGCUCUGGGCUGUCGCGCUCCUGACGCUGGUGUACUACAGCACCACCGAGACGGCCGCCAUCCUGCGCGAGUACUUCACGUACAGCGUGGCCGUCGCCUUCGAGUACAACACCAACGAGUCCUUCGAGAUACCCGACGUCACCGUGUGCAACGUCAACCCGCUGCGAAGGUCCAAGCUGUGCGCCCUCGAUGCCUCGGAGCGAGGGAUGAACUCGGAGCUGGAGGAGCGUCUCUGCGGCAAAACACAGGGCUUUCACGAAGUACGCAUGAGAAACCAAACUAAUUGGUUGAUUGACUGUUUGGACGCUCGCUUGCUCGAUCGGUCGGUUGGGUUAGUGCUCACGCUUAAUCCGGAACUGGAUGAGUACCUGCCAACUUCCUACCAGGCGGGCUACAUCGUUAUGGUCCACGCACACGGCACCAGGUUCUCAGUGUGCAGCGAUGGCGUCUACCUCUCUCCGGGCUACACUACGUACGUCGGCCUCAAUUUGCUGGCGCAAACGGGGCUACCGGAACCGUACGCCAACCCCUGUCGCUCUUCUUGGCCUCACCCCCUGUUGGUCCACAUGGACAGCAUGUACGGCGCCUACACCCGAGAGGACUGCCUGAACAUGUGCCUACAGGUGAAAAUUGUGGAGAACUGCGGUUGCUUGUCUGCGAAUCUGCCACAGAUCAUCACGCUGGCAAAACGGCAUGGAACCUGCGUAGACAAGAGUACAGUGACGUGCAAUAUGACAUACAACACCAGUGCCCGUGGUCGAAGGGGAUCCAAGACUGUACGGCUGCGCAGACACAGGUUCUUAGUACGUAGCUUAAUAUCCGGAGAAACGUCAUUAAACAUCGGUGAAUUGUGCAUGCAGCAUGUCUUCUUUCAGCACUGCGCUCCGUGCCGUAAGCUACACAUAUUGUCACUCACCUAUUCUGCAUUCUUGGUGCAGGACGUUGUGGGAGUGACCAAGGAAAACGGGCCACCCGCUCGUCUGGUACUGUACUUCAACUCACUCACCUACGAGCACAUUCUUUCGGUACCCAAAUACGACGAAACCCACGUGCUGGGCAAUCUGGGCGGCAUCAUUGGCAUGUACCUGGGCCUGUCCUUCUUCGUCCUCUUCCAAGUCCUCGACAUCCUGGUCGUCGGGACGCUGCGGCUCAGGACGAUGUUCCAGCGAGAUGCACGCGAGCGCCAUCUGGUGUCGCUUGCACCGCCACCUGCACGGGGCCAAGCUCGGACCUUAUUGCACCAAUACUGAGUGUCAACUCGAGUAGCGUCGUCGCGUUCCCGCUCUCUUCGCCACCUCCA